ACCAAAUUAACAUUUCUUUAAGGGCUCAUAAUUUCUUAAAUGAAUGGCCCAUUUCAAGUCAGGCCAACAAACUAAAUUGUUUUGUCAAGCCACUCAUAAAUCAUUCAAAGCCCACUCAGAAACCAUUCCGUAAGUGCCAUCUCCUCAACAAUUCCAUUAUCUCAGCUUACCAAAAAAAAAUACCAUUAUCUCAGCUUACCAAAAAAAAAUCUCUGUAUUUCUAAUUGAUUUUGCUGUCGUUUAACAAUAUGGUGUGCAAGGGUUGUGAAAGGGAAAGUUCAUCUCGCUGCUGCUCGUAUCUUCACUCCGUUUAUUAAGGCAUGGAUAAAAGAGAUAAGAGUUGGAUGAAUCUUCCUAGAUAUAGUGAUAAAUAUAUGAAUGGGGUAAAUGAUUUUCUUGACAAGGCAUUUUCCUUGGCAGCUCAUGGGAAUGUAAUUUUAUGCCCAUGCAAAAAGUGUCAUUUACGUUAUUGGUAUUGUAGAAACACAGUAUAUGAGCAUUUGAUUAUUGAUGGAAUAACUCCAGGAUAUAAUGACUGGUAUUUUCAUGGUGAAGUACUAGAUUCAAGUAUGAAUAUAGAUGACAUGGGCCAAUCUGACAAAAGGGAUAUGGGUGAUGAUAUAGAUGGAUUGUUGCAUGACACUUUUAGGGGUGUAAUCAAUGAAGAUAUUCCAUGUAACCAAGAAUUUAGAGAGGGUCAAACAGAUGAGGCUAAGAAAUUCUUUAAAUUAUUGGAGGAAGGGAAAGAAGAGUUAUAUCCGGGUUGUCAAAAUUUUUCAAAGUUAUCUUUCACUAUUCGCUUAUACCUUUUGAAAUGCAUCCAUGGAAUCAGUAAUGUGGCGAUUACUAAUAUUCUAGAGUUACUUAGAGAGGCAUUUCCCCAUGCAAAAUUGCCUACAUCUUUUAAUGUAGCUAAGAAAAUGGUGAAAGACUUAGGGCUUGAAUAUCAAAAGAUACAUGCAUGUCCUAAUGAUUGCAUGCUCUUUUGGGAUGAGAAUGAGACAUUAAGCUCAUGUAAGGUAUGUGGUGCAUCUAGAUGGAAAUCCAAUGGAAAUGUUGUAGGGAAUAGUCAAGAAAGGUUAUCUAAAAAAGGGUAUCAAAUCCCUAAGAAAGUUUUUAGAUAUUUUCCAUUGAUUCCUAGGCUUCAACGGUUGUUUAUGUGUAAAAAAACUGCUGAUUGCAUGACAUGGCAUGAAAAAUAUCGUACUAAAGAUGGAAAUUUAAGGCAUCCAGCUGAUGGUGAAGCUUGGAAGAAAUUUGAUUCAUUGUAUCCUCAUUUCGCACAAGACCCUAGAAAUAUGAGGUUGGGUCUCUCGAGUGAUGGAUUCAAUCCAUUUAGAACAAUGAGCAUUGCACAUAGCACAUGGCCGGUCAUUUUGAUUAAUUAUAAUUUGCCUCCAUGGCAUUGCAUGAAACCAGAAUAUUUGAUUUUGUCAUCAAUUAUUCCAGGGCCAUCUUCUCCUGGUCAAGAUAUUGAUAUCUACAUGCAACCGUUUAUUAAAGAAAUGAGGCUACUUUGGGAAAUUGGUGUAGAUACUUAUGAUGCUUCCACUAAUCAAACAUUCAAAAUGCGUGCAUGUUUGCUAUGGACUGUUAGUGACUUCCCAGCAUAUGCAAUGCUUUCUGGGUGGAGUACCAAGGGAAAAUUUGCAUGCCCUACAUGUCAUUAUGAGACGAGCUCCCAAUAUUUGAAACAUAGUAGGAAGACUUGCUAUAUGAGACAUCGUAAAUUCUUGGCUGAGGAUCACCCAUGGAGACAUGAUAAGAGAUAUUUCAAUGGUGAUGUGGAGUUAGAAAAAUCCCCUCCUCCUUUGUCAGGGACUGAUGUGUUAGAACUUUUGAAUGGUUUUAAGAAUGUAUUUGGGAAGUUAACGAAAAAGGUCAAAAUAGCAAGUGAAGUUCCAUGGAAAAAAAAGUCUAUUUUUUUUCGAUUACCAUAUUGGGAGCAUAAUUUAUGUCGUCACAAUCUUGAUGUAAUGCAUAUAGAGAAAAAUAUUUGUGAUAGUAUCCUUGGCACUUUACUAGAUAUUCCAGGAAAGACAAAGCAUCACAUAAAUGCACGUUAUGACUUACAAGACAUGGGCAUUCGAAGGGAAUUGCAACCAACUAUAGCAAAUGAUGGUCGACAUGUGUUGUUAGCGAAAGCAUGUUUUUCCAUGACGACAAAAGAGAAAGAGAUUUUUUGUUCUGUUUUGAAGGAUGCAAAAUUACCACAAGGUUAUGCCUCUAAUAUUUCACGAUGUGUUGAUGUUGGUGGGAGAAAGAUUUCAGGGUACAAGAGCCAUGAUGCCCAUUUCAUCAUGCAUUACUUGUUACAAUGUGCUGUAAGAAAAACACUCCCAAAACAUGUUGCAACUGCUUUAAUAAGAUUAGGUGCUUUUUUUAGAGGUGCAUGUAGCAAAGUGGUGAAACCAAAGGAUUUAAAUUACUUACAAUCUGAAAUCAUUGAAAUAUUAUGUCUACUAGAAAAGAUUUUCCCUCCUAGCUUAUUUGAUAUUAUGGUGCAUUUACCUAUACAUAUAGUAGACGAAAUUAGGCUUGGUGGGUCGGUUAUGUAUCGAUGGAUGUAUUUUUGUGAGAGAUAUCUAUGUCAUUUGAAGAGAUUUGUCAAUAAUAAGAGUAAACCAGAAGGCUCGAUUGCUGAAGGGUACUUAGCAGAAGAAUGUUUAACAUUUUGCUCCAGAUAUUUGCAUGAUGGAGUGAAGACAAAAGAGAAUAGGUAUAAGGAGAAUCAUGAUAGUGUCACUUCAAUAGAAAAUUCAUCUUCCAUUUUUCCAAGAUUAGGACAUCCGAUUGGGGGGAAACGAAAAAAGAAGGGUGAGGCCAUAAAUAUCAAUAAGGAAACCUUACUUCAGGCACAUCGAUAUAUCUUAUUCAAUUGUGAAGAUAAGGAUGUUGAAAAAGAACAUCGAAAUUUGACAGAGCGUAAUAUUAAAGCUAGUAGAUGGGCAAGAGCACAAAAUCAUAGUCAUAAUUUUCCAGAUUGGUUUCAAAAUAAAGUUUCAGAGGCUACUGAUAUUCCAAAUCAUAUUUUUUGGUUGUCCAAAGGUCCAAACUUAGUGGCAAGGAGGUUUAUUGGAUAUUUUAUCAAUGGUUAUAAGUUUUACACUAGGACAAGGGAUGCUAAAUGCAAGACCCAAAAUAGUGGAGUUACCUUAUCAGCAUUGACUCCAAGUUUUGCAAGUUCAAAAGAUAAAAAUCCAAUAAUUAGUGAUGUUAAUUAUUAUGGUGUAAUAGAUGACAUAAUUGAAGUAGAUUAUUGGGGAGUCUUUAAUAUUGUUUUGUUCAAAUGCACUUGGUUUCAAGAAGAAAAAGAUGAUUAUGGACUUACAAAGGUCAAUUUCAAAAAAACAUGCUAUGCAGAUGAGCCUUUUGUAAUGGCAACACAAGUUCAUCAAGUAUUUUAUGUUAAAGAUCCUAUUGAAAAAGAUGGGCAUUAUGUAAUGAGGAAGGUUCCACGAGAUUUGUAUGAUCUUAUGGAAGAAAACAAUGGUAAUCUGCAAGAGACAUAUUGGGGAGAGAUUAAUGAUGAUAAUUAUAACUUGGGUGAAAAUAACGUUGAGGUAGAUGUCAAUUGGUGUAGAAAUGAUUUACCACAUAUGGCCGUUGAGAUGCCUUCAAAUAUAUCAAGUGAAAACAACAUAAACAAUGAUUCAGAUUUUGAUGACACUGAUUGGGAUUGGAUGGAUGCUACUGGAUGA